CGGAGCGGCUCGGGAUGGAACGGCGUGGGGGGGUGCGGGCUGCGGGCUGCGGGCGGGUGUCCGUGCUGACCGCAGCCGGCUCUGCGCGCACCGGCAACGCGCCCCGAGUGUGCGCGGUGCGUGUGCACGGGCCGUGAUGUGCCCCCGGUGCACGCACACCCCCCGUGCACGCAGCCCCGCUUCUAUGGACACCCGCUGGUUGCGCACACGCAGAGGGGGCGCCCUGCGGUGCGCACACCUGUUCACAACGUGGGUUGCACACACACACCCCCGUGCCCGCAGUGAGAUGCUUGCAUGCUCACUUUGGCACACGCACACGCACGCGGUGUGCUCACAUCGUCAGCACAGCGUAGGGUGCAGUGCUGGAGUCCCUGCAGCUGGCAAAGGGAGCUGCUUUGGUGCUGGGGCAAUGAGGCUGUGUGCUGCUGAGGCACUCCUUUUGGGAAGGGACCAGCAAGGAGCAGCGCUGUGAUCCUGCGAGGGGAGGAUCACCAUCCCCGUGUGGGCACAAGGAUGGAGCUGGAGGCCCUGGGAUGCUGGGUGCCUGCAGACAGCACACAAUCAGCAGUGAGCACCUCCAGCAGUGAGCCAUGAGCCCUUUGCUGUGCCCUUCCAUUCAUGUCAGAGGGAUUUAAGCACAGCCCAAGCCCCAGAAAGGCUGCAAAAAACCCAGGUGGCCCAGCCUGAGUACUGUAAGAGCUGUGAGGGAGCAGGGACCACCCCUGAGGAUAUCCCCCCCAUCAGACAGCCACAGGGGAGAGCAGUGCAGCCGGCAGUCAGACCCUGCAGCCGCUCCUCUCCCUUCUCAGGGGCUCCCGGAGCCUCACACGUCUCUGCAUGGCUGCACAGCUCCAUGGAACACAGCCUGGAGCCCAGCACAUGCAUGCGAGGUCCCACUGGAUGCCACCAGCUCUCUCUGAGCACGGUUCUGUGUCAGCCAUUGGCAAAUCCUGCACUGCACAGCAUUCCAGGGAGAAACGGCCUGUGCUGGGCUGGGGGGAGGCAUCUGUUCCACAGCACUACGGGGCUUUGCUAAAUAGGUCACUGCUUUUUUUAUAGUCUCGGGAUCUAGAAAAACCAGUUGUUCCAGACUGCCGGCGGACCUGGAAACGUGGCGGUGGUGGAUCCCCAGGUGCUCUCACCGCCGUUCUCCCCGCUGUCCUCAGCCGAGAGGGUCACAGUGUGAGCGGGACGAGCGGCGGAUCCCUGAGCAGCACAGCUGGGUGUGGCUGUGGAACAGGCAGAGGUGUUUGGGGCCGGCUGCCCGCCGCAGGCUGUUUGCGCUGUGGGUGCAGCCCUGCACACCGCUGCACGCCCGCAUGCGCCGGCUGCAGGCCGCUGCUCGGGAAUGUAGCCCGGACCAUGGGGAUGAGCUGCUGAAAUCUCCGGGGAUCAGCAGGACAAUGCCAGUGGGAGCAUUGUGCUGACGGCUCUGCAAACGCUGGCACCGGCUCCGGGCCAGCAGCGCCCUAUAAAAGCUGAGCCGCUGAAGUAGGCAGACAUGACAUGGGCGAAGCAGCUGUACCGCCUGAGCUAGACACCUUUCCAGCAGCAAAGAUGGCUCAGACAAACCCUCUGCCUGUCCCCAUGGGCCCAUGGAAGAGCGUUCGGAGCAGAGGCCGCGAGAACCGCCAGCCACAGCCCUGCCACCUGCCCAUCCCAGAAGGGCUCCACUCCUCUCUCCGGACGGUGCUGCUGCCCCAGGAACUGACCUUAGGGAUCACCGUGUACGACCAAGAAAACUUCCAGGGCAAGAGGAUGGAGUUCACCUCGGCCUGUCCAAACAUCAUGGAGUGUGGUUUCGACAACAUCCGCUCCCUAAAGGUGGAAUGUGGCGCCUGGGUUGGUUAUGAGCACACUGGUUUCUGCGGGCAGCAGUUCAUCCUGGAGAGGGGCGAGUACCCGCGCUGGGACGCCUGGAGCGGCAGCAAUGCCUACCACAUCGAACGCCUGAUGUCCUUCCGCCCCGUCUGCUCUGCUAAUCACAAGGAAUCCAAGAUCACAGUCUAUGAGAAGGACAACUUUAUCGGCCGCCAGUGGGAGAUCAGCGAUGACUACCCCUCGCUGCAGGCCAUGGGCUGGGCCAACAACGAAGUGGGCUCCAUGAAGAUCCCCUGUGGCGCCUGGGUUUGCUACCAGUACCCUGGGUACCGUGGCUACCAGUACGUCCUGGAGGCCGACCACCACGGGGGAGACUACAAGCACUGGAGAGAGUGGGGCUCGCACGCCCAGACCUCCCAGAUCCAGUCCAUCAGGCGCAUCCAGCAGUAGCUGCCCGGUGCCUGGCCCCACUUCUGAGCACAUCUUUGCAAGGUUUCUAAAGCUCACCGGCUCCCUUUUGGUGCUAAUAAUCCCCUCCUGAAAUAACAACCCCUUCUUGUACUGCAACUGCUUGAUGGAACAACACUUCUAAACGGUACCAGCUGCCACAACUGCCAAUAAAUAAAUGUGACUGAAAGAAAAAGAUAAAACGGCCUGAUGGGUGUUUCCUAUUGCGCGUUGAGGUCACACAUCCCAUCCUGCCCCAUGCCCUGCACUCACAGCCCCACAGCCAUGGGCACUGUGUGUUCCCUGUGCCCCAGGGCCAGGGGAUGCUCCCUCGGAGUGCAAAAAGAGACACGCCGACACCCAUAAACUUUAAAUUUUUUAUUCAAUGAUUUACAUCACUUAUUGUCCAUCUUAACGUAUUCGAUCUACACAAUUUUUUUUUUUUCCUGAUAAAAUAAUAAAAUUUGGAUAAAUUUUGAAGACCUGUUGGUGCAGAAUAAACAAAAUUCAGGUAACUUUUUUUUUUUUUUUUUUCCUUUUGAUUAUUUUUUAAAACAUUUAGUGUGAAGUAUGACAUCAUUGGUAAAGAUACAUCAUGCCAUUACAGCUCAUGGACAUUCCCUAUCCUUACAGUCCGUGACACCACCUGCCCCAGACGCAGCUCAGCAGGUCGCACGCUCACUCCUACUGCUGCCCUCUCACCACUGGGAAAAUGAUCCCGUUUCAGCUGGGCACACCGAGUGUGUGAACCCAUUCAAACAGACCGGGAAGGGGAGAAGAAAACAAAACUGACCUUGACUGUUUCAACGUGGACAACAAAGAGGUGCUGCCCCUCUCCGGGGUCAGAGUAACUCAGCUCCAGAGCAGGUAGAGCACAACCCCUCAUGGUUUUAACAUGGGGAACUGAAGGAUGUGGGAGCUACGGGCAGGGCAGGAGGGUCUGAGCCGGGCCCUGCUCCAUUCCACAGCUCUCUACACUGCUGCUAACACUGAAGUAUCUGGGGAGGGGGAGAGAGGGGCAUCUGUCCCCCCAGUAAACAAGUCGAGGCCCUUCGGAAGCAUGCAAGCUGCCGAAGGUGUGUAAGUACACGUGUGAUGGUAGAUAGAAAAGCAGCCCUGUUUGGUAUGAAAAAAGCCAUCAAGUUAGUACAGGUUUCUGCCACGGCGGAGGGAAUGUAAGGAGAAAGGUGCCGGGGUCCUCCUCCCAACUCCAGCCUUCCCCACAGGGGGCUCAGCAACACGCCUGCAGAGCUGGCACCUGCAGCCCAACACACGUCACUCACGAGAACAAAACCAAGAGCAGCUCUUACCCAGCACUGCACACACACAGCCCUCACUGCAGCACAGCACCCUGCGUGUGUGCGGGGCACAGGGCUGCCACGUGCCAAGAGCCCACAGUGCUCCAUGCCCUCCUCUGGCACAAGGGCACCAUGCAGAGACACGGAGCACGCGUUGACCCGGAGCAUGCCCAGCAAGCCAGCUCACCCCUCUCCCUCCAAUUACUAAAGUAGGCUCUUUAAAAUAAAAAAAUAAUAUAUAUUUAUAUAGAUACACAGAGAGACAGAAAAAGCAAAGAGAGACAGGCUACUAAACUCAAGAAGCGCCAGUUUUCUGCUACGCUGUCAGCAAAGAGCUGUCACCUUGCAUCAUGCCCUCCGUGGUAGGAAGAUAACGCAGGCAACGACAGCAUGGGAAUGCAAAGAGGGCAGAUAAGUCACUUCUGGUAAUGAGACACAAAUUAAACUUUCAAAACAUGUGCAUAGCUUUAUUCAUCUGCUUCAAACGAACCUUUUCACGGAGCUUCAGCGAAACCCGAGUGUGCAAAAUGCAUUUCUAAAAAAUAACGCAAGCAAGCUUUCACAUUGACAGUGGCAGAAGUACAGAGAGACUGAGGGAGAGCACAUGGGAGGGUGAGGAGAGAGAUGAAGGAACAGGAAUUGCACAGCUUCACAUCCCAAGUCACUGACUGCACGCUCCACAUCUCUGCUUGGGCAACGCACGCGCAUUUAUCUUUCCUUUAAGAAAACAAACAAACAAAAAGGGCAAAAGAACCCCCCAGUAACACGAACCACAACGUGGAAGGGAGCAAAGCCCUGUGCCACGGGGAUCCUGGUGGCCGCAGAGAACCUCGAGCCCAAAGAAGGGCUGGUUUUGGACCUCUGCUCAUUUCUGUCUGCAGAACAGCAAAGCAGAUCCUCUUCCUCCUGCCCCGGUCCCCUCAGAAGCUGCACCAACAGGUCAUGUUUGGGAGGACACGUCCCAGCUGUAGGACAGCCUCCUCCGCAGCCCCACGCCGUGGCUGAGCACACACACAAGGCACGUCUGGGAUAUGCACACACCUGGGUGUGCAAGAGAGCAAACGCUGGGCAAAAGACGGCGCCGACGGAGGGAAAUUGUGGUUUUUGUAAUCCCAAAGCGUUGUUCCUAUGCUCCUUCGGACCCUCCCGACUCCUCCCUCACACCAGGGGUCCUGUAAGGAUCUCCAUAGCAUCAAGCUCUCCGUGCCCGAAGUCCUGUGCACCCUCCCUGGGGCAGGAGGCCGUGUGGUCUGAACAUCACUGCUUUGCUUCUGGUCGACUUCACGUUGGGUACAGCAUUAAAAAGAUAUAUAUAUAUAUAUUUAUAUGUUUGGGUUUUUUUUUUUUUUUCAGAGAUGAGCGAUUUCCUCCCAAAGAUGCAUUCAAAUAGAAAACAAAAUACUAGAAGUGGCAAUGAGACACGAACUCAUUGAGAUUUCAGACCUUCUGGGACAUCAUCCCCACAUCACCAGCAGGCAGGAAGGAGGAGUUGGGAUGGCGCAUCCCUUCCGAUAGCAGCUUGAGAAGAGGAAGGAGAGAGAGAAAAGCACAGUGUUCUUCCAAGGUCAGAGCUCUCCUUUGCUUUGCGUUUGCAUAGAAAUCCCCGUGGGUCAGCACCAGGGUCGGGCCGUGGGGGGGCUGUGUUACAGGAGGGGUCGGCUCUCCUCGGGGAACUCAGGGGACAAAAGUGCAUCACACAGUCUGGAUUUUCGGGGUUACGAAUAGCAGCAGCAGCAUCAAUCGCGGGCGGUUGGAGACUCACUCUCAAACGCAGCAACGCUUAAUGAAAUGUCUUCGAGGGAGGUGAGAGGAGG